AUGGAGACUUUGCGGCAGGUGUCGGAUGUUCUCGACGAAGAGGUGGUAGAGGUUUUCGAGGCCGAUGAAGGCGUCCGGCAGCUUCUCCGACACCUCGGAGAGGAGGUGCAGCAGGCGCUGGCGCAGGGCGAGCGCGGGGAGGCCGCCCAGGAGGGAGGCGUCGUCGAGCGCGUACGCGGCGGCGGGGGAUGGCGUGGCGGCGACGGCGUCGUCUUUGGCGCUGGGGUCUCUGCUGAGCCGGGUGCCUCGUCGGGGGCGUUUGGUCUGUCGCACUGGCCGCUUGGAGGCGGACUCUGCAGGUGUGGAGGUGGAUGUCUCGGACGGGUCGUCGUUGGUGUUGUUGUCGUCGUCGUCCUCGUCAUCGUCGUCGUUGGUGAGGUAGUCGCCGUAUUGCUCUUCGUCGAUGUUCACCUCGACCUCGCGUUUCUUGACGUUCUGUUGGUCGCGUUUGAGCUGCUUCAGCUCGUUGUGGAACACCUCGCGGAACUCGCUGACCGCACCGGCUCCGCCGUCGGCGAAGAUGGCGCGCAGGAUGCGCCGGUGUUGUCCGUAGCCGCCCGCGCCUUCGGAGAUGUAGCGGAAGAUCAUACUCUCUUUGAGGAUCUGCUUGUCGCUACUCUUCUUCUUCCUCGUAUUGCCGGUAGAAGUCGUCGCGGCGUCCUCGCUCGCCGUCUCAUCGCGGAGACGCUGCAGCUUCACGCGCUCCGACCAGUCUGCUUCAAGGAGCUCGCACAUGAACUCGAGCCAGAGCUGCCAUGCGGCCCAGCGCUCGCGGUGGCGCACGGAACAGUUGAAGGCCCAGCCGACGGCAUGCCAGAAGUCUUCUGCGCGGGACCAGACGGACGCGGACUGGCCCAGGUCGAGGUUCAGUGGUUUGAUAUUGCCGUCCGUGGGGUGUUCAUCUUCCGCGCGCCGUUGUCUUCCGCGACGGGACGAGUCGAAGUGGGUAAAGACAAAUGCCGAGCCAAACUCUGCAGCUACCGGUCCGACCAGGGAGUUUGUGAGCCGCAGGAGUUGCAGCGCGACACUGGGCGCCUCCUCUUCCUCUGCGGUCUUGGCCCGGGUGGUGGUGGAGGGGUGAACGAGGAGGGUGGCCGCUACGGCGAGAUGUUGCGGGGAUGGGAUGAAGGUAGGGGUGUCGGCGACGGCGCUGGAGGCUAA